GAUAUUUGGCAAUCCGUUGGUACCUGCUACAUUUGCUUUCUCCUGGUGUUGAAAGACUUUAACUCGCGGUGCUCAAAUUUUCGGCAGAAUUAAAUAACGGAUAAGUAAAGCGAAAUAACGGACAUGGUUUUGGUGAAAUGUGUGGUUAUUCAUACUGUCUUUUGAGGAGGGUGUCCAACACAGAGCUGUAGUUUCUCUUCAAGAGGCAAGGAAUGCAAUCUGAGCAUCAAUGUUUCACUGGGGCAAGUGGAAGAAGAGGAUGGGAGCCAAUAGUUCUUCAAAGAGACCAGUUUUCGAUGAAAAGGAAGAUGUGAACUUUGACCACUUCCAGAUAUUGCGGGCCAUUGGGAAAGGGAGCUUUGGAAAGGUAUGCAUUGUGCAAAAGAGGGACACGGAGAAGAUGUACGCCAUGAAGUACAUGAACAAACAGCAGUGCAUAGAGAGAGAUGAGGUCCGAAACGUCUUUAGAGAGCUUGAGAUCCUACAGGAAAUUGAACAUGUUUUUUUAGUAAAUCUCUGGUACUCAUUCCAGGAUGAGGAGGACAUGUUCAUGGUGGUGGACCUCCUGCUAGGAGGAGACCUCCGCUACCACCUGCAGCAGAGCGUCCAGUUCAGCGAGGACGCUGUCAAACUCUACCUCUGUGAGAUGACACUGGCGCUGGACUACCUUCAGAGCCAGCACAUCAUCCAUAGAGAUGUCAAGCCAGACAAUAUCCUGUUGGAUGAGCAAGGUCACGCUCACUUGACAGACUUCAACAUCGCCACAAUAAUAAAGGAUGGAGAGAGAGCCACAGCCUUAGCUGGGACAAAGCCCUACAUGGCCCCAGAGAUCUUCCAGUCCUUUGUAAGUGGAGGAACGGGCUACGCCUUUGAAGUAGACUGGUGGUCACUAGGGGUGACAAUCUUCGAAGUGCUGCGUGGAUGGAGGCCCUAUGAUAUCCACGCCAAUAACUCGGUGGAGUCCCUGAUUCAGCUCUUCAGCACAGUCAGUGUGCAGUACAGCCCAGCUUGGCCCAAGGAUCUGGUUUCCCUCUUGAGGAAGUUACUGACAGUGAACCCAGAGCAUCGUUUCUCCAGCGUGUCUGACAUGCAGACAUCUCCCUACCUCGCUGACGUCAACUGGGAUGCUGUAUACGAGAAGAAGAUGGAGGCUGGAUUUGUUCCUAAUAAAGGUCGUCUCCACUGCGACCCCACCUUUGAGCUGGAGGAGAUGAUCCUGGAGUCGCGUCCACUUCACAAGAAGAAGAAGAGGCUGGCCAAGAACCGGUCUCGAGACAACAGCAAGGAUUCGCAGUCCGAGAAUGACUACCUACAGGAGUGCCUUGAAGUGGUGCAGCAAGAGUUCAUGAUCUUCAACCGUGAGAGGUUGAAAAAGCGUCAGGAGGAGGGUCAGUCAGAGGCUGGGGGUGACGAUGCCAGUGGAGAUGGGGACAGAGAGGCUGAAGCCGUGGCCACUGAUGAUGACGCACCUGAGCCAGACCCCGACCCUGGUCCUGAGCCGGAGCCCGAGUCCUCUUCCAAGCUGAGCAUGUGCGGCUCGGUCUGCUCCUCCCCUGGCAGCUGCUAGCACCACAUCGCCUCACAGUGACGAUCGCAGGUCUCUCUGGCUGCUGCAGUGUUUGUGCCAUGCCGAUAGAUACGUUCUCACCUCUCUCCUGUAUUGUAGCUAGGAGCGGAGGAAAACACACAGCAGGGCGAUUUGAAGCACAGCAGGACCUAAAAUGGCUCCCACCAUUUCCCUUAUCUCUUUGUUUUGUUUUGUUUGUUUUUUUGUAGCAUCCUUCCGGUAAGGCAUGAAUGAAGCAGAUUUCCAGAGAGUCCCCACCUACUGUAUGUGUCCACCCUAGAGUAAGCUCUAACUUCUAUGCAAUGUUACAGUAUAGCAUGACAAAUAAGGUAUCACUUAAUAGGAGGUGUUGUUCAGGAGCGGAAACCUCCACGAGCAUGAUGACAUCCCGAGCAAUGGCAGUCCACGUUUUUUUGUUGGGAUGGUGGUUUUGGCGGCGGCGCCUCCCCUCUCAGCCUUCCUGUUCAAAAUCUGAUGGGGACAACUGAAUUAUUCAGCACACACAGGCACUCAGUUUAUGUUAUUGCUUGUGUCUUCAGUUCACUCUUCCCCUCAGCCUGUCUCAUCUAACGUGUGCCCUAAUUCGGAAAAAUAGUUCUUCAUUCUCUCCUGGAGCGCCUUCCUCCUGUUGCAACACCUCUCUGAGGCACUUUUACAGUAAGCGUUCAUGGCUGUUUUCAGUCGGGCCAAGGCGGUGUGGCUGGUUUCAUGUUGUAAACCUGUUUAAAGUGGUGCCUGAUAAUCAGUAUUUGUUAAUCACAUUGUAGCCAUGGAUGCAUUAUAGGUCAGAAUGCUAGUUUCUUCUUUGUCCAAGCUUUUUUUUAGGAUGACAAGGUACGGUGAUUUAUGGGAAAUCAGUGCAACAAUCAUAAUGAAAGGUUUUGCUUGUCACUGUGUCUGUAAUGGUUACCAAGAUGUAGUAUUUUAGCCCUGUGUCGUGCUCUGAUUCAGAGAGCAUCCAGAAACUCUGCUCUGGGGAAUAAAUACCAAUCAGCAACAAUCACAUCCUUUAAUAAUCUAUUAGAGAACUCUGUUUGCUUCACUGGACUCCAUCGUCUCUUUAAGUGCUUGGUUAGUAUAAAGAUCAUCUCCCCGUAGAGUUUGUUUGGGGGCUGUACUUAAAUGUGUAGCUGUGCCCUGUUGGAACUUCAAACUGUAUAGACGAACUAGUCGAUAACUGUCAUCGUGAUAGUGGUACAUUUAAGGUGGCACCGUCAAUCUCAGUCUGAACGACUGGGAACAUGUAGCAAAAGUCCACCUUAAAACCCUAAGGCCUAAUAAAAUGAAAACCAUGUAAAUAGCAUACAGUGUAGGGUAAUUAAACUCGCCACAGUUUUAUGUGGGACUGCGAACUCGACAUAUAAACUAAAGGAAGAGCCGUGUGAAGCUGCGUGCUGCUUCAUUCUUCUCUUCUUUCCAAGUGUGCGGGCACAACUUGUAGGCAAAAUAUGCCAAAGCUUUUCUACCAUUUGCAUAACCAUUUCUAAGGAACUUUGAGUGUGUGAAUGUAUGUCUCUUUUCCCAGUAUAACAUAAAGUCAAUGUUCCUUCUGCAAGUGAAAAAAUACUAUCAUUUAUACAAUAAUAUUGUGAUGAUGUAUAAAGUAUAUAUUUCAGGUAAGGGGGUAGACCUCAAAGUAAGUUUUGGGAAGUACGCCUGUUCACUGUCAAGAAUAAAAUGAGAAGAUUGACACCACCACUCAGAGAACUGAGCUGCAGCUGAGAGGCAGUUAGCCUAGCUUAGCAUAAAGACUGAAGGCAGGGGUGAAAAAUCCACUUACUAGGGCACCUAAAGCUCACUAAUUAACAUGUUGUGUGUAGUGUGUUUAAUCUAUACACAGUAAUGUUAAAAUGACAAUUAAGUUCAGGGGAAUUCUCAAGCUCUGUUUGCCAAACAACAGCCAG